UGAAUCAAUUAGGGGGGGUUUUUGUAAAUGGCCGUCCCCUCCCUGAUGUAGUCCGCCAAAGGAUUGUGGAACUUGCCCAUCAAGGUGUGAGACCCUGUGACAUCUCCAGGCAGCUUCGGGUCAGCCAUGGUUGUGUCAGCAAAAUUCUCGGCAGGUAUUAUGAGACUGGAAGUAUCAAGCCUGGGGUGAUUGGAGGGUCAAAACCAAAGGUCGCCACACCCAAAGUUGUAGAAAAGAUUGCAGAAUAUAAACGCCAAAACCCUACCAUGUUUGCCUGGGAAAUCAGAGACAGACUCUUAGCAGAGAGAGUGUGUGACAAUGACACUGUGCCCAGUGUCAGCUCAAUUAACAGGAUCAUCCGGACAAAGGUACAACAGCCACCCAACCAGCAGGUCCCAGCUUCCAGUCACAGCAUAGUCUCCACAGGUUCUGUGACCCAAGUGUCGACUGCAAGUACCGAUUCUGCUGGCUCCUCCUACUCCAUUAGUGGAAUUCUGGGAAUUACAUCUCCUAGCGCUGAAACCAACAAACGCAAAAGAGAGGAAGGUAUUCAGGAGUCUCCAGUACCAAAUGGCCAUUCCCUCCCAGGCAGAGAUUUUCUUCGGAAACAGAUGCGGGGAGACCUUUUUACCCAGCAACAAUUAGAAGUAUUGGAUCGAGUCUUUGAGAGACAACAUUAUUCUGACAUAUUUACAACCACUGAACCCAUCAAACCAGAACAGACCACAGAAUACUCAGCCAUGGCAUCGCUAGCUGGUGGAUUAGAUGAUAUGAAGGCCAAUUUAACAAGCCCUACAUCCGCGGAUAUAGGGGCCAAUGUCCCAGGGCCACAGUCAUACCCCAUUGUGACAGGUCGUGAUUUGGCAAGCACAACCCUCCCAGGAUACCCUCCACACGUCCCCCCUGCUGGACAGGGCAGCUACUCUGCUCCAACUCUGACAGGGAUGGUGCCUGGGAGUGAGUUUUCUGGAAGUCCUUAUAGCCACCCACAGUAUUCAACAUACAAUGAUUCCUGGAGAUUUCCCAACCCUGGGCUGCUAGGCUCCCCUUACUAUUACAGCGCAGCUGCCAGAGGAGCAGCUCCUCCUGCGGCUGCCACCGCCUAUGACCGCCAUUGACCCCAGGAGCGAAGAAAUCCAAGCACUUACUACACAUAUCAUUCAGGACUAUGGCGUCUGAAUCACUAAGACAUAUCCAUGCCAACCAGACUGCACAAGGAAGGACAAGAGAAUAGCCAAUAAGAUUCCACAGAUUCAACGAAAUGUUAUUCUUUACAAGGGGCAAACUGAUGUGGGGUUGGUGGUUUGGUUUUUUCCCUCUCUCUUGCUUUCUUGCUUCCCCCCCUUCUCUCAUUGUUGUUGUUGGGUUUUGUUUGUUUGCUUCUAAGAGGAAAUCAAUGAGAUUUUACUCAUGUUGACUGGGUCUCAGAAAACCAACCAACCGAAAACCAGUUAUGCUGACAUUCCUCCCUGUUCACAGGACAGUCUGUUCUUGGGAGCGGGCCAGUCGCCUCCAGUUUUCUCCAGGUACAUCCGAGGAAGAGUCAAACAAAUGUAUUCGUGGGCAGAGCUUUUUUCCUGGAAGACCCUGAGGUGGGCAUCUCAGCAUCAUCUGCCUAACUCACCCUGGGCUUUUGUUUGGGGUGGUUGGUCAAGAAAGAUUGCUCUUUUCAGCUGAAAGCAGCAUUGAUGUAAAUACGCCUUGCUUUUUGUGUGUGUUGCGAAGAGAGUGGCUAAGUAUAUACUGUAAAUGCUUUUACACAUGGCGAGCUCAAAAUGCAUUGACAAGUGCAUUUUGAAACUGGUGCACUGAGUCAGAAUUUAGUAAGCUUUAACCGACCUUGAGCCAACCAGGUGGUAUUUUCUUUGUGGUCAUCCUUUGGCCUGAAGUGAUUUUUUUUGUUUGUUUGUGCAGUAUCCCAUAGGAGAGGCCUUGGGUAGCAGAACAUGCUGUUUAGAAGCAUGGAACACAAGGACAAGUAAAACCCCUGGACAGGUUGUGACAUUUUGCAGCUUUCUAUCAAUUCAUCUUUCUUUGUAACCAUCCUGAGUACACUGGAAAUAUAUUUUUCUAGUUUCAAGCAGUGCUAACUUUAAGGAAGGAUUUCUUAGUCAGCUUCUGACAUGCUGUAUGUAAAUCUAAAUAGGCAGGUGAAAACUCACUGAUUUUCUAAAAGAAAAAGGAAAGAAAACAAUCUCAGCAUGAUGAGCUGCCAUGUUAAUAGCCUGAGUCAUACUUGGCUUCGCCCCACCAUUCAUCAUACAUUACAGAUUACGUUUUCCAAAUCAUGGAAAUUUGGAGAACAUAAUUUUUGGUGAUUUCCUGAGCUACUCUUUGGAAACCGAGCUAUCUUCCCCCAUAUUAUAUUGUUAGAGUCAGAAAAUGUUUGAUUGUGGGUGGGUGGGUGGGGUGUUUGACCUCUUACCCCCCCAGGAAAACAAGCCCAUUAAUGCAGAAAUGAUAUUUUAUUUAAUGUCCCAUUCUCUUUAGGAAAAAAAAGAACAAAAAUGAGUAGCUCAAAAAUGCUUCAACAAUUCAAUUCAACAAAUAUUUUUAAGCACCUAAUCUGUGCAGGAGCACCAGACUAGGUGCUAAGAGAUACAACAAUAAAAUAAGACACUGUCCCUGCCCUCAAGGAAUUUAUAAUCUUGAUGGGGAGAUAAAGCAUGUACAUAUAUAAAUAAAAUACAAAUUAGAUUAUGAUCAAUGUGUAGGCAAGGUCCAAACAAGAUUCUGUGAUUCAAGGAGGGAGAGGUCAAUUCCUUCUGAUGGGAUCAGGGAAGAUUCUUCAUAGUACCUAUGCUAGAUCUUAAAGAAAGGGAAGGAUUUCAACAAAUGGAGAUAAGGUUGAGAUGGGAGAAGGAAUUCAUUUUAGGACUAAAGGACUAGUGUAAGCCAAUGCAUAAAAAUGGGAAAGAGCAAGAAUAGAUUGAAGAAUGGUACAGAUUGAGAUAAAGCUGAAAAGAUAAAUUAUACUAAAUUACAGGGAGUCUUGAAUGCCCAGACUUUACUUGGUAGAUAAUGUUAAAUUACUCAAUGUGAUUGAUCAGGGAAGUGAUGUGAUCAGAGACUUCUACUCAGAGGAAUGGCUAACGCACAUUUGAAUCAUCAUCAAUACUCUUAACCCACAUAAUCUGUGCUUUUUUAUUCCCCCAAAGGGACAUCUAGGUUCAACUUGUUUUACUCAAUUAUCAAUUAGAAUUGCAUUAUCAUCUUGGACAAUGUCAGCAGAGAGUCUGAUAAAAUGAAUGAAUGAAUGUGCUUCUCACCCCUGCUAAAUGAAAGACAAAUUAGGAUCAGUUAGUUCCUUAAUUCAUUCAGAAAAUAUUUAUUGAGAAAUUCCUAUGUACUUGGUACUAUAGUAGACACUGACAGGGGAAAGGAGAGGUCAUAUGAAAAAAGAAAGAUAUGGUGGUUCCUGUCCUUAUUUAGCGAGACAGAAAAACAUGUUGAAUGAAGUAUUUAAAGAAAAAUACAAAGCAGACUAUACUCAGAAACUAAAAUAGGAUAUAGGGAAUAAGUGUUUUGGGAAUUAGGAAAUCAUUGUAAACUGUAGGGCAAAGAAGGCUUCACAGAGGUUGUGGGACUUGAAUCAUGUCUUGAAAGAUGGCCAGAAUUUAGAAGUAAAAGAUUACUCUGAACAAUGGUGUUGGUUGUUCAAUUGUUUUAGUCAUGUCCAACUCUUUGUCAUCCCACUUGGAAUUUUCUUGACAAAGAUACUAAAAUGAUUUGCUAUUUCCUUCUCCAGUUCAUUUUACAGAUGAGGAAACUGAGGCAAACAGGGUUAAAUCAGUUGAGCAGCAUCACACAGCUAGUGAGUGCCUGAGAUGGAAUUUGAACUCAGGAAGAUGAAACUUCCUGAAUCCAAGCCCAGUAUUCUAUCCACUGCACCACUUAGUUACCCAUCUGAGCGAUGGAACAAAACAUAAAGGAAGGGACAAAGAUUGAAUAUUUAGUAUGGCAUGUUGAAAGGAUCAUUAUGUGAACAGGUAUGUGAAUGCACAUACCUGAAUGCAAUUAUCAAUUCAGACCCCUGCGUGUUAUUUCCAAGAGGGCCCACUAAAUUCCUGAAAACAAAGCCUCAUUGUAUUCUGAUUUCAUUUUCUGGUAUUAUAAAACUUUUCUAAUUUAGUAUGAAGGAGGAAGAAGAUUUCUCUUUCAAAAUAUGGGACAGUACUUGAAAAAAAGAAGAAUUUAUCCUAAUCAAGGAAUAGUUCCACUGUGCAUCCCCAUGUCUUAGCUUUCAUGUGGGGGCCAAGGGCUUUCACCAUUUUCUUCCAUCAUCCUAGAAACACAGAAAAACAGAUUUCUGGAGAAGAAGACAGAUAGAGAGUAGAUGAGAUUCCAAACCAAUACAAAUUUCAAAUCUGAAUUAUUUCAGUUUACUUAUGUUAUAUAUAUCUGCUCAGCAGAAACUAUUGUGGAGCACAGAAUUCAAAAUCAAAGGCAUUAUAAAGCAAGGGGUAUCUGUUUAUAUAUCAGUUUAAAGUUUACAAAGAGUCCCCACAUAGGUAGUACUUGGGUCAUUGUAGGGAUGUAAUUUCUCUGCUAUAAAGAUCUCAUUAUUUAUGAUCUUAACUGAAAAGACAAGGUCAUUGUAUUGAGAGGAGCUGAAAUCUAUAUUGCUGCCCUGACAAGGCAAGUGUCUUAUUAAUUUUAUAGCAUAAGGAUAUAUUGCCAUUUCACAACUGUUACGCAUUUGGUACAAUUCAGAAAUUAAAAAACCAUGGCACUGAAGUUGCCAAUUUCAAUCAAAGGAUUCAUAUAUAGGUAAACUAAAUAUAGAGAUCGUGCCAUUAUGUUUGAUGAUUUUAACAUUCUUCCAUUCAGCUGCUCUGACCAAUUAUUGAUUAAGUAAGUAGUCGAUCUAAUUAGGUAAUAAAAUAAUGUGAAUACUGGCCCUGGAGUCAGAUGGACCUGAGUUCAAAUAUGACUUGAGACACUUGACACUUAACUAGCUGUGUGACCCUGAACAAGUCACUUAAGUUCAAUUGUGUUGCCCCCAAAAAAGAUAUGAAUAAAUUGUGUAUGAAUGUUGAUUUGUUUUUAAUGAUCUGACCCCAUUAGAUUGCAAAGUACAUGGCUGUUAUUGUACUUGAAAACUUUGGCCUGAUAAACAUAAAAUUGGGGAAUUCACCAUUGAGAAAAGGCCACAAACUGAUUUUGUGAUAGCAAUGAUUAUGAAGAAGACAAGUACCACAGAUAUUAUUAUUAAGAUUCAUCCCAUGGAUGUAAAUAUACUUACAGGCAAAUUCGAUUAAAGUAUGUUAUUUGUGCAAUGGGCCACUUCUAGAAUAUAAAUAAAAUGGACAUAUCUACCUAUUUUGAUUAUAUAUAGCAGCACAGGACACAUUUUGAGACAACUGAAUUAAAAGAUAGCAAUCAAAGACACUUUUGUGAAUGUGUAAAAAGUAACCCUCUUCAGAGUAUAUCUGUUAACUUAAUGAACAGGCUACCAAACCAUUACUAUUGAUGCUUUUGCCAUAUCUGCUUCAGUCAGUAGAAUAUGGCAUUAUUCCUUGCUUGUAAUCUAUCACACAAUGCCAGAUUAUACUGGCAGUAGCUCAGGCUAACUGUGCUCUAUGAUUACAUUUGUAUCAAUCAGCUAUGAAGUAACAAAAUGAGAAAAAAAAAAUCAGGGAUGUCCAGCAUAAUCCUAUGCAUCUAGAAAGGACAUACCUGUCCUUUGGAAUAGAUGGGACAUACAAAGCAUUUCUUCUCACUGUACAACAAAAUUCUUUUGAAUACAUUUUGAUAUGGAAUUAAUGAUCACAAGGGUUCUAAUCCUAAUGAUCAUUUACAAUUUCAUUGAGAUGGGGAACUUCUUGUUUAAGAAAUGGAACAAUUCACAUCAUUUAUAAUCUUUAUAGAGGAUUGUUUAGUAUCUAACCAUUGAACAGGGGGUGACUUCCAUGGUCACAUAGUCUGCAUUUGUCAGAGAUAAGAGUUGCAUUUGGUUCUCCUUUAAUUCACUCUCCUAGGCUGACUCUUCCUGAAACAUUAAGAGAGAACUCCUUAAAAAAUUGGAGAGCUCUAGAAGUGUUUUAAGUAGUAAAUUCCAAGCAGAGGAAGCCAAGAUGUCAUUUGGCUACCACAUAUAUUUGCAAGGUAUUCUGAACUUAAAAUCUUUGGACUUCCAGGAACCCAAGUUCUGAUUCUAGACUUUGUUUCAAAGGAAACUUUUGUUAUUCUAAAGAGUUUACUUUUUGAGUCUUAGCUGUUUCAUCCUAUAAGCCCUGCUUAGAACAGUUGUGAUGCAAAUCAAUAUCCCAUAACCCCUUGUGUAGCAAAAGUUGGAUUUGUGGUUGGUGCUUCCUGAUCUGCUACUUAUUAACCAUUUAAUUGCACAAGUCAUAUCAAGUUUCUUAUCUUCCAUUUCCUGCUAUAUACUUAUAUAAGGGGGUUCAACUAGUCCAGGGAUUCUUAACCUUUUUGUGUGUGUUCAUCAUUCCUUUGGCAGUUUGGUGAAGCCUUUUUCAGAAUAAUGUUUUUAAGUGCAUAAAAUAAAAAGGAAAUCAAUUCUAUUGAAAUGCAACAAUUGGAAGAAAUUUUUUAAUUCAUAAGAUCUCAGGUUAAGAAUUUCUAGAUUAGAUAAUCCCUAAAUCCCUCUUUGACUUUUCUUAAUCCUAAAAUUCCUUCCUCUCAAGGCACCAUGAAAAUGAAACUUAAAGAGAAUAUGUGUUAUCCCUUAAGCCAAUAGUCCCAACUUAGACUCUAAACUUUGUAAAGAAGAAAUCAGAGGAAGUAUGACAGUCAGAAGGAGUAGUGCUUUUGGGGGGGAGUGUUGAUCCCUGUCCCAUGAGAGGUGAGGAAGCUUCAGAAGUUUUGGAGACUCGGCUUGAUUCCGAUAAGCCCUGAAAUGUUUGGAUGCUUAUCCCAAGGAUAUCCAAUUCUUUUGAGGUUUCAUGCAACCUUUCCCACUGCUUUAUUAUCCUGUACCAGAAUCUUCAUCUCUCAUUGUCUCACUGUCCAGUAAGCUUCACCUGCAUUCUUUUUCCCUCAAACCUUUCUGAAGUUAAGAGAGAUUGUAGACCUUGGAAUUACAAGCAUCAGGCAGGGAACCUGGGGGUGCUGGAAUCAAAAGAUAUCCUGCAAGCUCCCACAUAGCAAAUUGGGAAAACCCACAAAUAUUUAUUUCUGAAAAGACAAAUUGAGGUACAGAAAGAAGCUAGAAGAAGUCCAUUGGUUCAAGGAAGAAACUCAUGCCAUUGGAGAUUUACAGAAAAAAGAUAAUUUAGAUAAAAGGUGCACUCCAAGAGGAAAUUCCUUUUAUCAAAACAUUUAUACAAGUGUGCUUUACUGGGCUUUUGUUAAUCCAUUUUCUGGUACAUGAUGGGUCUAAAUCCAUAUUCAGCAAGACAUUUUAUUCAAAAUUUGCUUAUAAUCUUUGAUAAACAUGCUACAGAAAAUCUUUUAUUAUGCAUGUAAGAAUCAAAAUAAAAAAAAAUCUUAAAAAUAAAUCAUACAUGAAACAAGACAUGGAAAGAUGCUUAUGACCAUAUACUAGAUAUGAAAUUGUAGUGACUACAUUGGGUUUUUCUGAGGGAAAUGGGUUUUUGGAUUACUUGAAGCGAUUUGACAAGACCAACCUAUUAUAACCUUUGAAAACAGGCAGGCCCAAUUAACUUGGAUAUGUCACUGAUUGAUAAGGCUAUAACUUCAUAUUUUCUAGGGACAUAACUCUCCCCCUCCCCCAUAGUCAUUGAGAAUUUGUUUUAUUUUGCACAUUUUUGGUCUGCUUAAGUAGGCCUUAAAGAUUUUGAAGCAAAAGUGCAUUUUUAAAAAAAAAAAAAAAAUCUAGAAAAUGAAUAAUUAGAAAGUUGGACAGUUGGGCCAUGGCUUUUAGCCUGUGAUAUGUACACCUAUCACCACUGGUACUUCAGACUGUUGUCCUUAGUACCUGAGGUUUUCCUUCUGCAUAUUCAUGAUGAAGCUGCAAUAUUGAUCUCUCGUGCUCCCCCACUGUCAUCCAGUCUUGCAAGGCUUGGCGAGCGCUUCAUGGAUUCAGUUCCCAUGGGGGUUAAUGUGCAGAGGAAGGAUUUGAAGUUAUGAGCCCUGAGGAGUACAGUUGACUUCUAAAUCUCCUAACAAACCUGCAAUUUGAAAAGACUGGAGUUACAAGUCAAAGGCAUGCACACGCACACACACACACAUGCAUGCACACAUAUACACAAUGUGAUUAAAUUUGAAAUGAUUUUUCAUAGUUGAGGUCAGAUUUCACUUGGAAUGAAUUUAGUAUAUCCCAUAAUUGGGGGAAAGAUACAAAAAAUUCUUUUUUCUCAAUGAGUUAAUAUUUCCUUUCAUUCCUAUAUCUCUUUCCUAAAUGCUACUUAAAUAUUUUUUUAAAAAUGAAGUUACUAUUAUGAGUAACCUCCUCAAGUAAAUUAGAAAAAUGUAUGGGUAGGUCAUCAGUAACAUUUCUUUCUGUGUGUGGAUGCAGAGAGAGAAAAAAGGCAUUAUUCCAUCUUACUACUUUUGAUGUCUGUUUUCUUAAGUGCCUGUAAUAGGCAACAUGUACAACAUAACAGAGUAAAAUCUUAAAACAAAGUGAGAAACAAACCUGGGGAGUGAGGAAAUGGGGAGGGAUACUGGUGCCACAUUCCCUCCAUGGAUAGAGAAAGCAAGCAUCUGUUCCAUUAAUGCCAUUUGAAAUCAGGUGCCUUGGAAGGAUGAAUCAGUCCUGUGUGUUAAUGGCUGUGGCCACAGAAUAUUGGGUCUCUCUUGUUGAAAUAAUUGCCACACUUUCUGCCAUGUCCCUCAUCUUCUCCUGAAAGUACCAUUAAGAAUGAAUGAUUUCAUAUGAUAGAUUUUUGAUUUACAAACUGUGCAUUUCCCUUGGAGUGGAACAGAAAGGAAACCAUUUAAUGGGUCUCUUAUUUUCAAGCAUGAAUACAUUUUAAUGAAACUAUUUUAUUGUAUUUGGGGAAGUGGAAAGUUGAACAUUCCAGCCAAUCAAUAGCCAAUUAAUUGCUAUAAAGCUAAAAAAAAAAAAACACCUUCCAUGUCCAUUUUAAAAUGUAGCAUAAAAAGAUCAAAGCCGUUUAGUAUCAUUUUUUACUCCUUGAGUUAAUGGAACUUGGCACACAAACAUAAAAUGACACAUACCAUCCAAGACAUGUUGGAACCUAGAAACACAAAGAGUUAUAAUACUUUGCUGGCCUACUUACCAGAUUUUUGCUUUGGCUCCUUAGCUGUUCCUUCUCUGAAAAGAUAUACUGAUGUGUUCCAUUAAUGGCACCUAAUAGGAGGUGGGUGGCAGGAUCCUUCCCUGGAUAUGUACAAUAAUGCUUGUUUGCCUGUUUCCACCAUAAAUGUACCCUUCUGGCAGAACCUGCUGCCUCUUUGGAUUCUCCCACUUGGUCCUCCUAUGUUUGUCUCAACCCAGAAAACAGGCAGUGGGAGAUUAAAAUCUUGCUUUCACUUUGCUCAAUCUUGUAUUGAAAGACACUGUCCUGGUUUGCUUUGGUUUGGUUUUGUUUUCAUUUUCUAGUGGCCUUUGUACAUUCUGGAUUUACAGAAAUGCAUUAUGUUGCAAAUGGAGCUCAUUGCCAGGAAAAUGUGUCUUUUUUUUCCCUUUCUUAGAGACAGUUCACUUUGUCUUAGGGACUUCCAGCUUCAAAGAAAAAAAAAAAAAAACAUAUCUAUUGUAUCCGCCAAAGUUUGUGAUGCCUGCAUAGAAGCUUACUUGUAAAAAAAUAAAAUAAAAUAAAAAAAUAAAAAAGUACAAAAACUCAACAACAAAAAAAUACUAUAGAAACACAAUUGAAUUGCCUUUGAAAACAGGAGACAAAUCCGUCUCCAACAGAUUAAAAACAAUGCUUCUUUAAAAUGUGUAUGUUUUGUAUUCUUUUUUUCUAGUAGAAAAGAACUGACUUGAAAUUUGGUGGUUUUUUUCUUAGUGUUGUGUGUUGCUUUUGUGUGUAAUAAUAUUUGAAUGUAAUUACAGCAGUGCCAAUUUGCCAAAGAUGUGGAACAUAUUUUUCUUUUGUGGGCAAGGAGGGAUGGGGUGGGUGGGAAUUGUGGGGAUGGGGGUGGGGGUUGCAUUGUGGGACAAAUGGGGAUGGACUUUUAUUUUCUUUUUUCUUUUUUUCUUUUUUUGUUUGCUUUUUCAUUUUUUCUUGUCAGUACUGGAAUUUGUGAUUUUAUUAUAAGUUAAAUGGUUGACUGCAACACCUUUCUUUUAGAUUAGUAGAAGAAACAUGCAAUAAGAUUGGCGUAGUUUCAAUAUCUGUGUGUCUUCAUGAGAGUGGCUGUUACUUGUGAACAAUUGAUUUUAUGUAACCUUUAUGUGAGAUAAUUAUUUGUAAAUAUUUGCCAUAAUUUUAUUGGUUCCUAAAAUAAAAGUAAUUUUUUAAGUUCAAAGAA